AAAUACAUUGAACCACUCAUUUCUCAUGACAAUAUGCUUAUUCAAACUCCAUCUUGAUCAUGUAUGGUGCCUUUUUUUUUUUUUUUAAUAUUAUGCUUAGCAAUUUCUCUUUCCCAUCACAAGAUGAGAUUGUUUUUUCUAUCAAGGCAACACGAUCUUGCUUUACAUUCUGCACCAUUGAUUUUGUGUGCACCUAAUGCACAAAAGUCCUUUGAGUGAGUAUCUGCAACUGAGAAAAUUGUGUUCUAGUAAAAUUGCAUGAUUAAGAUUCUAAUUCUAAAUGAUAUUUUCUUUUGGGAAGUUUUACCGUCUGCUUUAGUUGAUUCUAUUUGUCUACAAAGAUUGAGCAGUUGUUUGAAGCAAUGAUUCUAUCAUAAAAUUCUAGAAAUGAUACUUCUUAUCCAAGAUGCAAUUUUAUUGUCCUCACAUUGGGUUUGUUGUUGUCCAUGAUAGUUAUUUGAUGCUGAACCCUGGUUCUUUAACAAGUAUAGGUGCUUCUUUAACAAGCAUAGGUGUUUAUCUAUGAGAACAUAAUCUAUGUUAGCUUUUCUUGGCUUUUGAGGUAUUUGGGUCUUUUCCCCAUUUCUUUUUCCCUUUUUAUAUACAUCAACCAAUUUGGGAUAAUGUGAUCUUUUGGAAUUGGACAGUGAUGGCGGGAUUAAUGAAAGCAAUGUGACCAAAACAUUUCGAUACUGUGUGUGAAUGACUCCUUUAAUUCAAAAUCGUAGAUAUGGUAGCUAUCUUGUGGGGUCAUCCUUGGCACCUCCCAUGUGGUUUUGUUGAAAUUAAACUCUUUUCUUCAAU